AUUUCAAAACGUACAUUACUUUAGAAGUAAUACACAUUUUAUGUAAAAAUUCUUCAGAAAAAAGUAAAUAUUAUUAAAUUUCUGCUAAUUAGUUUAAAAAAAAUGUGUUAUUUCAAUACAUCUACAUGUGUAUACACAUUUUUGUAUAUUUUAUGUAAAAUUUAACACAAUUUUUUUUGUUUGUACACAAGCUGUAUGUAUUGUAAUUUACCACCAUCAUGACAGCACAAGAAGAAGUUAAUACCAAUUUAAAGAAUUUGUUGUGUAAGUGGAAAUUGGAUUGUCUUUUACCUCAUCUACUCGCAGAAAAAAUUGAUAUAGACAUUUUACAAAUGAUGAAACUCUCCCACAUAAGAAUAUUACUAUACAAUUUUCCACUGGGCAUACAAAUACGUUUCGAAUAUAACUUAGAACAAUGGCGUAAAGAUAUCGGAAGACCUUUUCAACAAACGAUGCCAACAAGUGAUGAUCGAUUUCACAUUUUGACAACAGAGAGUAACUUUAAAGAUGAAUUAGUUAAAAGUAAAGAAAAUAGAGAAAUACAAACUGAUCUUAAAAUGUACGAUAUAAAUAAUACUACAACACAAACAAAUCAAGAAAAUAACAAUGAAAAUUUAGAAGAUGCUAGCUGCAGCGUUUCAUUUAUAUCGGACGAUGAUCCAUUGAAAGAGUUAAGAGCAGACAAAUCGAGUACAUUUAAAACUCCUCAAACAAUAACACAUGUGGACCUGCGUACCAUUUUAUUGCGUUCUGAAAGCGGUCUUGGUCUUAUUAAGAACUAUCGUUUCCGCAGACGUUUCUCAAAUACCGAACGUAGACUUUUAAUUUCCAUCAUUGUCAAAUACCAUUUGGAUUAUAAUCUUGAAUUUAAUAAAGAGAUCAGUUAUAAUUUAGAAAGAGAUAUUACGAAAAUGUUUCGUACUGAAAUGUUGAGUUUCUAUAGAACUUCCACAAGUGAUAAAAUCUAUAAGAGCUAUAUAAAAGCUAAAGCUGCUCGGGAAGGCGUUAAUUUUCUGAAUGAAUCAAAUAGUAAUAGUAUGAAUAAUGCAUCAGCUAUUAAGGAAACCAAUAAUGAAAUUGAAGAGUAUCUGUUUGAGAGUCAAUUAAUGAAUGACGAUUACACUACGAAUUCUACUAAUAAGUCUGAUGUUUCGCACUUCGAGAAGGACUAUAAUGAUAGUGUUGCGAGUGAUAAUAAUACAUCUCUAACGGAUUUUAUUAAAAUUGAGCCAGAAGUUCUUAGUGAUACAUCUUCUAUCGAUUCGAUGGCACUGGCAUAUCAAACCUAUAAGAAUAAGUUAAAGCAAACGGCAGAAUGCGAACGACCAUUUAAAAACUUUAGAAUACCCUGGCAUAAGUUACCAUCCGAAAUUAUAAAUUUGUUGGAGAAUAAAGAAUCGUUGGGAAAAGGUUUAAAUGUUAUAGCAAAUUUAAUCGUCGAUGAACUGCGUUGCAUUUCAACUCAUAUACCAUUGCGCAUUUUCCGCGCAAUAGCCCAACAGGCAAUCAUCAAAUAUCCACAUGCGUUUUUGGACAAAGAUAAUAUAGGAAAACUUAAUCCAUUAUCAACGACAUCGGUGCCAUUGUUGUCGAGAAUGCGCAAUAGAAAUAAUAAUUUAAAUCGUGAGAAAAAUCUUGCGAAAAUUUUUGCCAACAACACACUCACGCACAUUAACAGUUUAAAUGUAAACAUGGUGGAUAAUAAAGUAAUGGAUUUAAAACAAUUGUUGACCUCUUGGAAAUUGGAAAAUAUUUUACCCCAUUUAAUUGAGGAAGAAAUCGAUAUGGACACCCUAACCAUAAUGAAGUUGCCGCACAUCAAAUCCCUACUUUGCGACUUUUCGUUGGGUAUACAAAUACGUUUUGAACACAAUUUAGAACAAUGGCGAAAACGAAUUGGAAGACCGCUUAAAACCCCAACUAACAAUGAAACAAUGCGAUAUGAAGAAUUUAAAUUUACAAGGGCAACGGAACAAAAUUCAAAAUCCUCCAUAAACUUAAAAGAAAUUCUUAUGCAAAGUCAACCCGGACCAGAACUUUUAGAUAUAUAUCGUGAUAAACAAACCUUUUCCAAUCCCGAACGUAACUUUUUAAUUGAACUCAUUAUCAACUAUUAUUUGAAAAAUGAUUUAGCUUUCGAUUUAUAUAUAAGUUAUGAUUUGGAAAAUGCUAUAUGUUCACUCUUUCCAAAUGAAACUUUGGAUCAGUAUAGAAAAUCAAAGGAAGGUAAAAUUUAUGUUAAAUAUUUAGCAGCAAAAGCUAAAUAUCAAAACAAAGAAUGUAAGGAAAAUGAUGUGCUGUUAAAACGAGAAGAGGAAUUGACUUCGGAAAGUGUUAAGCGCUUUAAGAGAACUCAUGGAGCUGGCCAAAGCAACAUGACUACAGAUUCUACUAGUGGCAAUAAAAAUAUGAAUUCUUCUGUUGCCUCAGGAACUCCAACUGAAAUCCUCCUACAGACGGUGUAUAAUGACUGUAAGAAGUUUGUUAAAAUCUUUGAGCCUUUCUUAUAUCAAGAUUUUUUCUCUGCAGCCUGUUCCACUUUUAAUAUAUUGAACCGUGCCAAUUUCUAUGCAGCUAUUAAUGAGUGUGAAAUUUCGGCAAAUGAUUUUAAAAAUAUCAUUUUACAAUAUUAUAAAUUACCCACUUUUUGCGUCGAAUUAAAGGAGAGAGUUAAUCAUGUUGUAGAUGCUAAAGUAGAACACGUUGAAAACACCUGUUCUCAAGCCGAUUACUAUACACAUUCAAAUCCUUAUCCAGCCGCAAAGUCCUUUAAUGCUAACGAACCACACAAUACAACGGUACAGAUAAUCGUUAAUCAUUUACCAGAUGCCAAUGAUAUACGUAAUAUACCUUCACUAUUGCCCAUAGUCAAAAUGUCCGAUGAUGGUAGACCCUUGGAAAAUAAACAUCGGACUACUAUUGCUAAAGCCAUCAUAGAUGAAUGUCUAAAUUUUCAACCUGAAAGAGUACUCAAACGUCAGGAUUUCUUUACUCUAACCGAUAAUCUGAUACAGGCAUUUCCCAAUGAAAUCGCUUCGGCCUAUUUUAUACCCUCACAGCCCAAUCAUGCGGCUCGUGGUAAACUCUGGAAUGCGUAUAAUAACAAACGUAGUUUCCUAGGUAGCUCGGGUAUAGUGCAACGACGUCAGCAUAGUAAUGCCAAGCGAAAACAUCAAUCGGAUGAAGAUGAGGGCGGCAGUGAAAGAACUAAUGACAAAACUUACCACACAGACAUUGCGAUGGAAUGUAAGGAUUUCGCCAUAAAUUCAAUACUUGACUGGGAUACUUUACAACAGAAAUGGUCGGAUAGUCAUCAAGAGAGAAGAAAUGAGCUGAUACGUGAUAAAAUGCCACCACAAAACUAUAUGCAAAAGUAUUCCAUAUUAAAAUCUAAUCGGGGCAUUGAUUUAAUGGAAAUUGAUGUUAAUAUUUUACAUCCCACUGUCGUCAAUAUUAGUAAUUGGUUGGCGCUGCAUGAGAAAGUUAUAGAAAUGGGUCGUAAACUGCAAAAGAUAGAGCAGUUACCUAGGAUUUUGGAAAAUAUAAAUAGUUCAAAUGAUGAGAAAUAUCGCGCCAGUUUAGCCUUAUUAAUACUACCCUAUAUAUUUCCCUAUAAUGCCCGACGCAAUGAAUUCAAUGAAAAGGCCUCCAAAGUUGAUAUACAAAAGAGAUUUAUUAAAGAAUAUGCGUCUCUGGACGAUUUAAGAGCCGACACCGAAUGCGCCGAUUUACAAAUACGCUUUGUCCACUUUAGUCAGCAAAUAAACUAUGCGGAAUUCAAAAUUUGUGGUCAUAUCUUUAAGUGUGUCGAUUUGCUUGAAGCCUUAAGUUCACUUUUCCAUUAUACGGUGGCUUUAAAUAUAGAAUAUCCUAAAACUUGUCUACACAUUUGGCAGUUUAUACAGUUGGCCAUAUUUCAGAUUGAAAUACAGGGCUGUAAGCAGCCAAAUGUGGAGAGUACUAUUAAUGAUUUGUAUAUGAUUUAAUUUGGAAAGGAAAUUAUAAUAAAUUAGCGUUAAUAUUAAAUAUUUAUAACAAACUUGAGCGUAAUAUUGUUUAAAUAAACUGCCCCUGGACUUGUGAAA